AUGGUCCGGGGACCCAGGCGUCCGGGCCCCUUGGCCCAGUUUCCCGCCCGUGGGCGGUUUUUCCCCGCGGGGCCGGACACGUGCGGGGGACCCAGGUGUCCGGGGGGACCCAGGAGUUCGGGUCACACCCCUCCCCCCCCCCACCCCGCCCCGGACGCCUGGGUUCCCACGAGCCACGUGCCGGGAACCCGCGGCCGCAAUGACAGCCCCGAGCCCCUCCCCCACCCACGCGCGGCCGAACCCACGGGGCGGGGCCUCAGGGGACCCAGGAGUGCCCCAAGGGACCCAGGAGUCCGGGAAGGACCCAGGAGUGCGGGAGGGGACCCAGGAGUUCGGGAGGGACCCAGGAGUUCGGGAGGGACCCAGGAGUUCGGGGAGGGACCCAGGAGUGCGGGAAGGGACCCAGGAGUUCGGGAGGGACCCAGGAGUCCGGGAAGGGACCCAGGAGUUCGGGAGGGACCCAGGAGUUCGGGAGGGACCCAGGAGUUCGGGGAGGGACCCAGGAGUGCGGGAAGGGACCCAGGAGUUCGGGAGGGACCCAGGAGUGCGGGAAGGGACCCAGGAGUUCGGGAGGGACCCAGACGUUCGGGGAGGGACCCAGGAGUUCGGGAAGGGACCCAGGAGUGCGGGAGGGACCCAGGAGUUCGGGAGUGGACCCAGGAGUGCCCCAGGGACCCAGGAGUUCGGGAGGGACCCAGGAGUGCCCCAGGGACCCAGGAGUUCGGGAGGGACCCAGGAGUGCCCCAGGGACCCAGGAGUUCGGGAGGGACCCAGGAGUUCGGGAGGGACCCAGGAGUUCGGGGGGGGGACCCAGGAGUUCGGGAAGGACCCAGGAGUUCGGGAAGGACCCAGGCGUUCGGGGGGACCCAAGAGUGCCCCAGGGACCCAGGAGUUCGGGGGCACCCAACUAGGGGACCCAGGCGUCCUGCUCCCCCCCUCCCCCCUCCCUCGGCGCACGCGCACGUUGUGGGCGUGUCUGCGCGUGCGCGGGGGGCGGGGCGGGGAAGGGGGGGCGGGGCUCCGGGGGCGUUUCCCGCUCGGCGGGGUCGGCCCCGCCCCCCCGCGCACGCGCGCACCGGAAGCGGCGGCCGAGGCGGCGGCGGCGGCUCCGCGGCCGGGCGGCCAUGAUGGCGGACGGGCGGCGGCCGGGGGAAGUGGGCGGGGCCGAGGGCGGAGCCUUCGCGGGGGAGGAGGAGGAGGAGGAAGAGGAAGAGGAAGACGAGGAGGAAGAGGAAGAGGAGGAGGAGGAAGAGGAAGCGGCGGCCGGGCCGCGGGCGCCGCCCGAGGACGAGGACGAAUCAGAAACGUCGGUGUCGUCGGGGGAGAGCGGGACCUGCCCCUCCCCCACCCCCAACGGCUGCGCAGG